CAUUGAAGGUCGCAGAUUUUGAGGAGGAGUAUACGUAAACUGUUGCAAUUUUAGCAGGAUUUUGUCUAUUUGGAGGUACCGAACGGUUUUUUCGAAGCACAUGGAGCACUGCAGUUCGCUUGGGUUGAUUUCGUUGGUUCUAUGUUUAUGGAUUUCUUAUGCCGCGGCAUUUUAUCUACCCGGUCUUGCGCCGAUUUCUUACUGCGAGACUGAAAAGUCCACAAAUCCUGCUUGUUCGUCAAAAAUUGAUUUGUUUGUAAAUCGUCUGGAUUCUAUUGAAUCAGUGAUUCCAUAUGAAUAUGCAAGGUUUGAUUUCUGUCUACCACCCACAGACAAAACAUCCCCAACAGAAAACCUUGGACAGGUCGUUUUUGGAGAAAGGAUAAGGCCUUCCCUUUACAAUAUUACUUUCAAGAAGGAUGUAGCAUGUAAACAACUUUGUGUAAAAAAAUACACUGACAAACCAGAGGAUAAAACGAAGCUGGAAUUUUUGAGAAGUGGAAUAGCUCUUAAUUAUCAAAAUCAUUGGAUUAUUGACAACAUGCCUGUGACUUGGUGUUAUGAGGUUGCAGAUGAAGUAAGAAAAUACUGUUCUACAGGAUUUCCUAUUGGUUGUCAUGUGUCAGAGGAUGGACAAGCUCGGGAUGCCUGUGUGACUAGUACCAAGUUCAAUAAACCUGGGAUGCACUACGUCUUCAAUCAUGUUGAUAUUGAAAUCAAAUACCAUGACGGGACAGGGGAGGAAUGGGAAGGAGCUCGUCUGAUGUCUGCCAAGGUCACACCGAGAAGUAUCAACCACAAGGAAGGGGAGGUUCCCAAAUGUGAUGGUGACCUUGAUGCCAUGGGUUUUCCAGCCGAGACAAAAAGCGUUUACAUUGCCUACACAUACUCUGUUACAUUCCUACAAGAGACAGAUCCCAAUCACAAAUGGGCAUCCCGUUGGGACUACAUUCUUGAUUCAAUGCCUCAUACAAAAAUCCAGUGGUUUAGCAUCAUGAAUUCAUUGGUCAUUGUGCUGUUUUUGUCGGGAAUGGUGGCCAUGAUUAUGCUGCGAACUCUGCACAAAGACAUUGCUCGUUACAAUCAGAUGGAGUCAGCGGAGGAUGCCCAAGAAGAGUUUGGCUGGAAGUUGGUUCAUGGAGAUGUUUUCCGGCCUCCCAAGAAAGGAAUGUUACUGUCCAUCAUGUUGGGUUGUGGAAGUCAGAUAUUUAUCAUGGUGUUUUUCACAUUAGUGUUUGCUUGUCUUGGGUUCCUUUCACCUGCUAAUCGUGGAGCUCUGAUGACGUGUUCAUUGGUGCUGUUUGUUUGUCUUGGUUCACCUGCUGGUUAUGUUUCUGCUAGAAUUUACAAAAUGGUUGGAGGUGAAUUGUGGAAGACCAAUGUCUUGUUAUCAGCAUUCUUUUUUCCUGGACUGAUGUUUGGCAUUUUCUUCCUGCUGAAUCUUGUUCUAUGGACUGAGGGAUCAUCAGCGGCUGUUCCGUUUACGACUCUACUUGCCCUAUUAGCCAUGUGGUUCGGCAUUUCAGUCCCACUGACAUUCUUAGGAGCUUACCUUGGAUUUAAGAAAAAGCCAAUUGAACAACCAGUUCGAACCAAUCAAAUCCCUCGUCAGAUUCCAGACCAGAGUAUUUACACCAGAGCAGCGCCUGGAAUUAUCAUGGGAGGUGUUCUUCCGUUUGGCUGUAUUUUUAUCCAAUUGUUUUUUAUCCUAAACAGUAUUUGGUCGCAUCAGAUUUACUACAUGUUUGGUUUCUUGUUUGUGGUUUGUUUAAUUCUGCUGGUGACCGUGUCAGAGACCACCAUACUGUUGUGUUAUUUCCAUCUUUGUGCUGAGGAUUAUCAUUGGUGGUGGCGUUCCUUCCUGACAGGUGGCUGUACUGCGGUGUAUUUCUUUCUGUACUCUAUUCAUUUCUUUGUAACCAAACUGACCAUAACAGGAACAGCCUCCACCUUCCUGUACUUCGGCUACACACUGAUUAUGGUGAUGAUCUUCUUCCUUUUCACUGGAACUGUGGGAUUUUUCGCCUGCUUCUUCUUUGUGAGAAAAAUCUACAGCAUCGUCAAGGUAGACUGAGAAACUUAAUGGAAACUGUGCUAUUUGUGCAUCAAGUGAAGGAUAUUGGAAAUAUCAUUAUGAACUUUAGCCAGCCACAACAGGAGACAAAUGGCAAUUGUUGGGCUGGGAAUAAGUUACUAGGGGGAUCUUGGUGGUUCCGUUUAAUUGUAAUUCAGUAGUCGUGGUAUCAACUUCAGUUGAAAUUGUUACCUUAUUCUCUUGUGUUUAAAAAAGUAAUGAGCACACAACACGGACUUAAUAUGUAAAACUUAACUUGGAAAACGAAGUUUCAUUUUGAAUAAUUGCCAGUAGUUAUUUGUAUGCUUGGCGGUAUAACAUUUUAGCGGAGCUCACAGCGCGUGCGUAGCGAGUGGAAACGCUAGUAGCUCAUCAAGGCGAAUCUUAGCUGUUAAUUGUAAUCCUUUUGGUUGGUCAUAUGUGGAGAGUUUCGGUGGAAGUUAAUUUAUUGUUCAGACUAUUACGGCGACCGUGAGACACGGGCACGGGGCAAGGUUAUUGGAGCCGUAGUUAUCAGUUUGUUUUAUACACUCUUACCAAUGCCAAUAACUCAGUUGAAGGAAAAUUUCUGAUCCGCGAUGGCUACUCAUGUGAGCCAGCGGUUUCAAAGCGAAGAAAGUUGCCAAACGUCUCGUAGUUCAUUGUCACCAUGGAGAUUCUCAUCAUGCACGUGUGACAUGUUUGCGUGCGAACGUGUCACUGGCUUGCAGUUAUGAUUGGAUGCAUUAAAAUGAAAACCCUGCUCGACUAAAUUAUAAAAAAAAAAUCUCAUGUAUAAAAAUUGGGAGUUAUUUAUCGAAUAACUUUUAAGCAGGCAUCUCGUUGUAGUUGUUGAAAGUUGUCGGAUAAGCGCUUCUCAUUACAAUGAAUUUAAAUUCAUUUCAAUUGCGGUAAGGUAUUUAUCGAAGUUGUAAGAGGAAAGAGAAAGCGACAUGAAGGCUUCAUUUCAUUUGUUUCAAAAGUUAAGAUUGUGUACCUUAGUUUACUAGCUUACUAUGGAGUUGUGUUACCAGCUUAUCAUUCAGUGCACGAGCGAUAGACCAAAGUUCCCGAUUGUUUUGUGAAGCAUUAGGACAAUGUAAGGGAAGGUGUUGCUUAAAGUGAAAUGUUCUAAACGAAUCUGGGAGCUUGGUGUACGAGCUGCUAUCUUUAAAACGUUGCAACGUGAGUACAAUAUAUUUUUGCCUUGCAUCUGGCAAAGAAGGGUACUACUGUAAGCAACUGGAAGUUGUAGGCUCAAUUUCCCGCCUUUUUCUCGAGUGCGGACCUCAUUCUUUCUUGAAAUCAUAGCAGGAGAAUAUCAUGGGUGCACCUUAGACACUGGCUGGUGAAUAGACCCUACGAUUUCUAUGUAGUCCCUCGCGCAGACAAUUUUGUGUAAUUUGAAAGUGUGGAUGUAUUAGUGCUUUCUGCACUGUCUAACUUUAAUUAAUUAGCAGUUCCUUUUUAAUCCCAUAAUGUCGGUAUUUUAAUUUCAAACGUUAACUAUAGACAAUCCUACGGGCUUUUCUGGGGAUAAACGCCAAACUAUUAAGUAUACUCCUCGUAUUCGGGGCUAUUACGUUUUCGCGGUUGGACGUUUCUAUUUCAAUAUUGCUCUUCCAGAUUACUCUUUUCGUGCCAUAUGUACUUAAAAUUUGAUGUACGGAUUGCGUAGUCGGUGCAAUAAUCUUAAUUAACAGCAAGCUUUGUUAAAGGAUAAUGUCUGUAAACCAAAUUGAUUGAUAUUACACUUUAAGACGUAUUCCUCGUGACCAUAAUGUUUUCUUUCUUCAUUCUGUUUUUAUCAAAUUGUUGUAGUCAGUAGAGUUGGAGUCCUUAAAAGAAAGAGGUCAUUUCUGGGUUCCAUGACCCUCGCUUUCAAAACGAGGCGUGACAAUGUUUCUUAGUAAAGCAAGCUUUACUUGCACGAGAUUAGCAAGACAUUUUCAACCCCGAUUUUGAGACAAAGCUUGGGGGCAUCUCAGAAAUACUCUUUUUGACUAAAGUAAAUAAAUUCGCACUUAUCGACUGA